UGCGCGUCAGCUCCGGCUGAGCUUUUCAGUCGGACGUACGGUCGCGUCGAAAGCUCACGAAGCUUUGCUCCGCUGGUUCUGUCCGUCGCGAGGCCACAGGGGUGGUGGACUUGUAGCAGGCGGUAAAAUGGCGACCGCGAUGCGAAACAAAUGACUGAUCGGUGGCGAACGAUUCGCGUACGCAGCGAUUACUAUGCGGAGGCCGCGUUUCCGCGUGCGGUACACUAGCUGCACCGCCGUAAGAAGUUACUAGGACUCAAGGGGGGAAAGCGUCCCGAAAGAAAAACAGGUGCCCAAAAUAUGAUCGAAUCGACGAGAAAAGGCUACGCGCACGGAUCGGGACCGCACGAGGACGCGUGAACGAUCUCGAGCCGGGAAUUCGAUCGUCGAUCAUCGAUUAAGAACACGCGAUACGGACUGAUGGUAUUUGGAGGCGGCGUGCGGUGCUCGCUUCUUAGCUGAGUGACGAUCGCUUCGGGAAGUCGCCGGCUUCGAUGACCUGACGAAACUUUUACACGGCGGAUCCAGUUACGCGAUCAUGCAUUUGCACUUCGAGAAGAAUAACAAUGCCAAGUGCGACUGCAACAUCCUGUCGCUUAGCUGGAUGGGCAAGGUGCCGGACGAGUCGCCGGAGGACGAGGGUUGGAAACUGGACCGUACAAAUUACUACCAGGAAGGAUGGCUGGCCACUGGUAACGCUCGUGGCCUGGUAGGGGUGACUUUUACCACGUCCCAUUGCAGGACAAGAGCCACGGAAUUUCCGCUCAGAGCAAAUUACAACCUUCGUGGACAUCGUAGCGAGGUGAUACUAGUAAAGUGGAACGAGCCUUACCAGAAGUUGGCCUCCUGCGACAGUUCAGGUGUCAUCUUCGUUUGGAUCAAAUAUGAAGGAAGAUGGAGUAUAGAGCUGAUCAACGACAGGAACAUCCCAGUGACACAUUUUUCCUGGUCACACGACGGUCGCAUGGCUCUCAUAUGCUACAGGGAUGGUUUUGUACUGGUUGGCAGUGUAGCAGGUCAAAGGUAUUGGUCAUCGAUGUUGAACGACAAAGUCACAAUUACCUGCGGAAUUUGGACACCAGACGAUCAGCAGGUAUAUUUCGGGACAACAGCUGGCCAAUUAAUAGUAAUGGAUGUUCACGGUGCUAUGGUGUCUGAAGUGCAGCUUGCAGCUGGUGUCACAUCGAUGGCGUGGAGCGCGGAGAAGUUUACGAUGGAGGAAGGAGAUGACGAUUUAACGAACGGCAGAUCUCACAGAGACGAUCGUAACUACGUGCUAGCAGUCUGCCUAGCAGACGGUAACAUAGUGAUGCUGCGUUCGUUCGACGACGUGUCUCCCAUCACGAUUCGUACGAACCUAAAGGCCCCCCUGCACGCAGAAUGGAGCAACUCCCGAAAGCUGUUAGCGAUCGCCGGAACGAAGGAGACCGACAUUUCUCAGGGCACCCCGCACGAGUAUACGAACCUGUUAAAAUUUUACUCGGUCACAGGCAGCCUGGUGUACACCACCGCGAUACCGUACACGCAAUGUCCGGUAUCGGCGCUCACGUGGGGCCACAACGACAGACGGCUUUUCGUGGCGACCGGCGCUCGCGUUCACGCCGCAUGGGUGUCAAGACGAGUAGGUUCGCUGCAAUUGUUGUCUCGUUUAGCCGUGAGGGCGGCGCUCACCAGGGAGUCCAGCGUCCAGCAACUUCCGUUGCCCCCGAGACUGAGAGCGUCCGUUGCCGCCCUGUUCGCUAGCACGAUAAGAUGUCCGGUCCCGGAACCCAGGGAGCUAAGGCGUUUCGUGUCGCGUCCCCCUCCGGGAGGGAGGCUAUACUGCACCAUGCUCAGACACGCGGUGGAACCCGUGCCAUGCUACACGCUGUACUUGGAGUACCUGGGUGGAUUGGUGCCGCUCCUCAAAGGAAGAAGAACGAGCAAGAUCAGACCCGAGUUCGUAAUAUUCGACCCGCAGAGCCAGGACACUCUCCAGAUCGUCGAGGAUACGUCGCAGUGCCCGUCGUUCAGUGACGGAUCCGACACGGAGAGGGACACUGCCGACCUGUGCGGGUCCCCCAGGAAUAAGAGGAAAAACCGGAGGAAACGGGAGGACAAGACGAACGAGGAGUCGGACGACCUCACAUAUGUGGACACGUUACCCGAGCACGCGAGGUUGGUCGAAGUUACGUCCAAUAUCUGGGGCACGAAAUUCAAGUUCCACGGGCUGACGGAUUCGGUACCCGCUAACCUGGGUCAGGUUACUUAUCGGACGUCGUUGUUGCAUCUACAGCCACGACAAAUGACCGUGGUGAUGACGGAGCUUAGGGACGACGUGCCCGCAGGUCCAGACCCAACGUUCAACCCGAAUCUAUUUUCCGAGGACGAGGAGGAGUCGUUUCAGGAGCUUCAAGCUGCCACCAGAAGCACUUCCGAAGCGCAGCCCCCUCCGAUUGCCCCGAUGACCCCCCGCAACGCUCGACUCAACUCGAAUCGUCCAAAGUCUCAAAUCUCUAACCAGUUCAUGACCAACGAACCCUUGCCACCGACCCUGUCCAGGGUGGAGAACUACGAGAACGAACUGCCCUAUGUAGACCUGCAGGAGAUGGGCAACCUGUACGAGAACCUGAGGACCGCACCCCCGAACUCCUACAGAACCCCUCCGAGACACAACCCGCCCAGAUGUUGCGACGUGCCGGCACUGCAGUCCCCGAAGAACGCGGUGGCACCCACGCAGACCAUAAUCGCGACCUCGAACACAGGGACGGAUUACUCCAAUAACAUCCAGCGAAUGAAGACGGCUCUCUCUGACCAGCAACCUGGUUUGGUCAAUAAGAAGGAGCUGGAGAACAACAAGUUCAAUCAGAUCCAAGACGACAAGCUGAGCAGCUGUCCGUCGACUAUUAUACCCAUGUCCAUGCACAAUGGGCAAGCUGCGGGCACAGAAGCGUCCAGCAGCCACGUUUGUCCUCAAGGGUCCAUCGUGAACGGUCUGGACGGCAAUGGUCAAACGAUCUUCAUGAAUGGUUUGCACAUGGCCUGUUCGAGCAACGUGAACGGUGUUCAGGGUAAAGGUGUGGGUGGCUCUUCGAGUGGUCUGCCUCUGGCUACAAGUUCUGCUCAGUACGGACAGAGCAAUGGUCCCUUCAACAAGAACGGUAUACACCUGGGCAGCAACCACUCGCCAGCCUGCUCUUAUCAGUUCCCUGAGAACAUCGAUCAGUGUAUCGGGCAGUCCUGUCCGCAUUGCAGUCUGAAGCUGAAGGACUUGAAGUCCCAUGAGUUGUGCGGGAAAAUGAGUGCUAGCUGUGGAUCCACCGCGGGCAGGGUGGACGAGAUGUGUUUCAUCGACGAAGAGGCUCACAGCGAGCUGGAGCCUUUCGAGCAGUCGCGAGCUGUUCACAGAACUCCGACUGUCGUCAGCAUUGGUCCUCUUUAUUUGAACGACUCCAUAGUGAGGAGCUGCAGCGUGGGUUAUCUAGACAUGGUGGACGCUCAGCUGGUACCGUGUGACGUUGCCCUGAAGAUGCUGAGGAAGGAGGCACCCAACAAGAGGCUGGUGUUGGUGUCGAGGAAGACUAAGAGGAGGAAAAAGAACAAGGCUCAGCAGGAGAUCACUCAGCAGAACUCGAAGUCACCGAGACUCCGAAACUGCGGCAAAUCCAAGAGUCUGGACUCCAGCGACAUAUUCCCGGCUAACGAACAAAUUGCGCUGCCGCCGAAGUUGCCGGAACAUGUGGAGGAAGCGGCUGGAGCGGCCAACUUCGAAACUGUUGAGGAUAAGAGCAACGAGUCCCUGGAGGAUCCAGAUAUCAUCGAGGGAUCCAGCGAGAAGAAUGUUGCAUCUAGCCUGCCUAACCCCGUGGAUGUCAAAUCCUGUAGACUGAAAAGUUGUAGCUCACCUGCUAGAGGAUCAAGUCCAAGUGGAUCUCUAGCCUCAUCAUUGGAUGGUCUCGCAGCGAGACUUCGAGAUUUCGAUGAAAGUCAUUCUUUACCUCCGCCAUCGCCUCGUCCAUCGUCCAGAUUACCCAGGAGUUCUCCUAGCAGUCCAGCGCCGUCUAAGAAGGGAAAACGACCUGCCUCAGCCUCGCCCAUCAGAAGAAGACUCCUAUCAAGCCCCUUACUGAGUAGAAAAGCACGAAAAAAUCGGGGUGAAAGUUCAGACGAGGAGGGUCUCCUUCAAGAUGAUUCGUCGACGAAUUACAGGGACCUUGAGACGUUCCAGAAGGCGCAGUUACGUCAAAAGUUAAAGCAAAAAGGAGGAGGAUCAUCCAGUCACAAAUCAGAGUCAGUGAGAAGGGAACUCGUGAUGCACAACAAGGCGCCGAUGUGGAACGAGUCCAGCCAGGUGUACCAACUUGAUUUCGGUGGCAGAGUAACUCAAGAAAGCGCGAAGAACUUCCAGAUCGAAUUCAAAGGCCGACAGGUCAUGCAAUUCGGAAGGAUAGAUGGGAACGCCUACACGUUGGAUUUCCGAUAUCCUUUUAGCGCUUUGCAAGCAUUUGCCGUUGCCUUGGCCAACGUUACACAACGCCUCAAGUAAUCGUUAGUUGCCGACCUGUAAUUGGAAAAAGUACCAGGAUGCUGUACAUUACAUAAAAGUAUUCGUCCAGAAAAUGAAGAACAAGGUGAAGAAGAAAAAACCUAGCGAGCCAUAGGGAAGCUGAAGCUGUAACGAUACGCUACGCAUCUAGAAUACUAAAGACCGAAAGACAAGUUAAAACUACAGCUUAUAAGCAUGUAAUAGAGCCACAUGUCUUUCGAUUAUUAAAACUAGUGACGGGCUAGAAAUAAAUCUUUAAGUAAACGAGCGUUAUACACCACGAGCCGUCUCCGCGACGCGAGAUUUUCCCGCCAAAAUCUCGAAGCUGAAAACACAUGGCCUUCCGUUGUAGCGCGAAAAAGAAGAGCAAAAAAGAAAGACAAAAUCUCUCGAGCCGUCGUGAUUUUAAACGAGAGAAUUCGAAAAUCCGAAGAGAACGAAAGGACACGAUGUGUCACGUGGUACCAUGGAAAGGGGAAAAAAAAACUAAAAGAUUUCGUUGAAAUGCUUCUUCGUCGUACCGUCCAACAAAAUGUAUUUCGUUUCUCCCAACUUCGAGCGCUCAUUUUUGUAUAGUUUAUGCGACACGUUGGAGUCUAGUAAAUGCUGUUGAAAGUUCACCUCGUUCAUUUUUGCGGUCCGCCGGUCGUAUUCGAAUUUUACAUACAAUAUAUUAUUAUUGACGGACUCGAAUCGCCGCGCGAGCCUUUCAUGUUGUUCGAUUAAAUGUUUCUUAUGGCGUAUUAUAAAAGAAAAAUGAGAAAAAUGACAAAAAAAAAGAUAAAUAAAAUCGGUUAACGAUUACGCUAAAUGAUAUAACGUUUUGCGUCCGGGGCCUGUGUUCGUCCUCGUCGAAAACGGAACAGACGAACUAUUUCGGGCAAUGCGAGACAAACGCGACGGGAAAUAUCUCGCCUGUAUUGCCAAUGUGUGCACGCAUCAAAAAAUUAACUGUCGUCUGUACUUAAUCCACGAUCGUUAUAUUUCUAUUUGCCUAAUUGUAAGUAAACGUGAACGAGAAAGGAAAGGAAUGAUCCAAAAUAAAUAAAGUGUGCUCUUCGGCUGAUAUGACGUUUUAACGCUGAGAAAAUUCGAUGUAUUUCGAUUAUAUUUGCUUUAAAUGUGCUUAAUUUAAGUUAAAAAAUUAUUGUAAGUUCAGUUUUUGUUGUUUAGACGUCCUGAUUGAUAGGCAUUCAAUUGUAAAUGUUGUUAAAGUUAAAGUAUUUUGUAGAAAAAUGAUACGAAAAUGUUUUAUUGAAUGGAGCUACGUAAUGCGCAUGCGCUGACUAAAUAUGGCGCAUGCGUGUACUACUGCGCAUGCGCAUUAAGCAUAUACUGUAUUUUAUUCAAGAAAGUAUAUUUUUAUUUUAUUCUUUAGAGAUAC